UCCCUCUCCUGUCAAUCUAUAGAAUGGUGAAGACGGCUGCCCUCGAGACUGCCAACGCCGCCACUCUGACUGAAAGGCGUCGCUCAUUGCGUCGUCCCCAGACCACGCUGAAGACUCCAGUAGCCACGACGAUUAGAUCUUGCGCGCAUAGGCCCAUGAUCGCUUUCCAUCCUUGUCGGUUGCACGUCCUUCCGUGCCAUCCUUAUCGAUCGCACGUCCUUCCGUGCCAUCCUCAUCGGUCAUGCAGCCUUCCUCGUUGGUCGCACAUCUCUCUUCACCGAUUGCAAGUUCGCCCGCGCCAUCCUCGCCAAUCGCGUGCCCAUCCUCACCGGUCGCAGCUUCUUCAGCAUCGACACUGCCGCUCCACUGCUAUCAGCCUCCUCGCCGACCACAACCACGCGACAAAUGCAUUCGCAGAUUUUUUGAGCAGAAGUUAAGAAAAGGAAGGAAAAGAGACUGAAUUGAAGAAUUUUUAGACGGAAAGGUUGCAAUCUUGGCUGAAUUUGUAGCCCAAGGUGAUGGAAAAUUUCAGAAAGCGCCACCUCAGCAGAUUUUACUACCUAAGCAAGGAUAAAAUAAGUUUCAAGUUGGAUCAAACACGAUCAGAUUAGAAUGAAAAUAAGAUAGGAGUAGUAGAUUUUAUUUUAAAUUAUUAAAUUUUAUCUUUUUGUGCCUAUAUGAAGACUCCUAGAAUUAAAUCUAAGUAUCAUUUUUUUUUCUCUCUCUCCCUCCUCUCCUCUCUUACCGCCGCCUCUCUCUCUUCUUCUCCAUCUUCUUCUUUUCUUUAGCUUUUGCAAUUUUAUUAUGGCUCUAAGAGACUAA